CUUUGAAGAAUCGACCGAAACUGCUCCUCACCUGAGCUGGCGAAGUACAACCGUUGGACCGGCGAUUGUAGGGACGAGCUCCUCCAGCACCUCGUCGACCAGUGCUGCCAGCAGCAGUAGUGUUAGUGCAGGGAAUCACAAUAAUUGCAGUGCAUCGUCGAACAAUAAUAGUGGUGGGACUGUAGUGAGCAGUAGUGCGGGAGUGAACACAGGUGCCAGUGGCAAGAAACGUGCUAAACGUGACCCCGCGUCGACCUCAACGGUUAAUGCUGGAAGCGCUGGAGGUGGCGGCAGUGCUAGUGCCAGUGGUGAUAGCAACAGCAAAAUGGGUGUAGAAGCCGCUGCAGUUAAUCAUCACAAUCAUCAUCAUCACGGUCAUUAUUUUGGCGGUGGCAAUGAUUGUGCUUCGCUCAAAGGUUCGCCUUUGGCGUCAUCACCGCCGUCAGCCGUCAAGUUUUCCGCCGUAGGAAUCUACCGACCACCGGCAGCUCGAAAGGCUUUGAAAUUCUCCGAAAGCGCCAUCCAGCUUGCACCGCCAGCCGCCGGCGACAACCCCAACGAUUACAAUCACUACCACCCUCCUGCACCAGUUCCAUCGGCUGUGAGCGCGUCCAAAACUGCAUCCGAGGAAACUGUAGCGGACCCAGCCCCUAAACCGCCCCCCCCAGCGACAGCCUCGUCUGCCGUUGUAUCACCUUGCAAGGCUACUACUACCGGUACCGUUAGUAGGGCACCAAAGCAAGAAGAACCAGGUGAUGAUAGUACUGCUACCAAAGGCGAUACUGGUACACCGCCAACGAAAGCGAUAGCUACUGGCAAAAGUAAAUUGCCGGCAGCAGAUGUAGCGAGCGUUUCGGCAGUAGCAGAAGUAGCCGAUAGUAAUAGUAAUAACAACAGCAGCGCCGAACAACCACUUGUUGCUGCCGCAGUAACUAGUCAAGGAAAUCAAACCUCAAGUAGUAGUACCACUACCACUAGGCCCGCCCGUCCGCACCGGGAACGACGACCGGAUCGUGCCGUGUACAUUCCGCGAGCUCGUCGCAGCCUAACCACCCCGCCGGUGACUGCUCCCAGUCAGCAAUCAUCCACAACCAGUGCUUCCAGUACCGCGACCGGCGCAUCGACAGCCGCCACCUCACCACCCUCACCGCCGGUGUCAACCACCGGUAGCCUUUCGGCGUUUGCAACUCCACUCAGUUCUCCACCGAAGGUACCACCGAACAAAAAGGAACGGCCCAACAACGGCGAAAAGGAACGCAAAUCCAAAGCGAAAGACAAACCUCCACCGCCGGGAGCGAUUCCGGACUGUGAAGUCGCCCACACUGUGAUAGGAAAUCAUCGAAGAAACGAUUCAGCUGCCCAAGGGGACAGUACUUGUACGAUAAGUUUCAAAAACCGUAGUCAUAGCGUAGAGGAAAGUUCCAACGGAAGCAAUCAGGAAAUAGUGAAGCUCAAAAAGCAAAAAUCGGAAGAGGUACCUCGGGAGAACGUAGAACAAGACUGUGAUUUUGUAUCGAAAGCCGACGGGAAGAAGGAUCGAAAGGAUCAACGCCCGAACGGUAGCAUUUUAGCGGAACUGAACGGAAGUACAAAUCCCAAAGCAAUAGAAACCAUGAACAAAUCCAACAGAAACCGAAGUUCCAAGCAGGUCGGAGGGAACGCCACCGCAUUGAUAAUCAACGAUAAAGUCGGCACAAAUGCGACUGAUAAGAUAGACAAAGAUGAGAAGGAACUUCGAAGAGCUUCGCUGGAGAUUAACAGAAGCAAUAGGCGAAUCAUCAAGCAGUCUUUCGCGUCAGAUGUGUUGGAAAUCGCUGAACAGGAACCUGUCGUAAAGGAUAAUUCCACAGAAAAGGUUAACGGUCAGUCCAAACAGGAUCCGGAACGGCUUGUCAAUCCAGAGGAAGACGAUUGGGAGUCCAUGUACGACGACAAUGGAGAUUGUUUGAAUCCGAAGCUAAUGGAAGAGUUGACAUCGGCGGUGGGGAAAGUAUCGAUUGAAGUCCCACGAACGGAUUAUAAGGUAUAUCAAACGAAACAAGCCGCCCUCAACGAGGAAGAGUUUCCGCACGUGUUGGAAGUGUCCAACUUCCCGGUGGAGUUCAAAACGCAAGAUCUCAUGAUGCUAUUCUCGCAGUACAAAGAGUCAGGGUUCGAUAUCAAGUGGGUCGAUGACACACACGCCCUGGCCGUUUUCAGUAGUUCCAAAAUCGCGGCCGAAGUUCUUGCCAAUGGUCACACGUUCGUCAAGCUAAAACCCCUGGCCGAUGCCACAGUGGAAUCUCGCUCCAAGGCCCGAAAGUGUUCCAGCUCGCUGCAGCCGUACCGACCGCGGCCGGAAACCUGCGCUGCCCUGGCCCGACGGCUGGUGACGACGGCCCUCGGGGUUCGGCUGAAGACUGCCCCCGAAGAGCGCGAAAACGAAAGGCGCGUCCUUCGGGAAGCUAAGGAACGCAAACUACUUGCUGCCAAACAACGGGAGGAAAUCUGGGAAAGCUAAAACCUGUAUGACAUCCUCCAGAACCAUGCGUCUCCAGCACCUCAGAAGGGUGGUGGUACAUUCUUUCAUUAAUUUUUCGCUGCCAUAGUCAUUGUCGAGUUAAGAUUUCCAAAACAUUUGUGGGCAUGUCGCUUCCCAUAGGCCAACUGUAGGCACGUGGAUGUGUGUGUCGUUGGAGCUAUUUUUUCCCUCGAUCAUGGUCAAGAUUUCAAGGUUGUGCUGCAGAUUUUAGGAUUGUUUUAGUAUCCUAUCAAAAAAAAAAGUCCGUAGUCGGACCUAUUUUGUGUCUGUGAAAAUAUCAAUCAUCAUUUCAGCAAUCUCACGUUAGUGAGAACGGAAACUGUAGAUCAAACGGAGGGAAACGUAUGUAUUUAAUAAUUAUUGUACACUGUAUAGGACAAAGUUAAAAAGUUGUGUAUAAAAUAUAAGUGCGAACGAUGAGAAUGUUAUUUACAGGUUUUUAUCAAAACACAACUCUUACUGCAAGAAAUAGAGUAUAAUUUUAUUGUAAAUAAAGAAAAGUUCAUCAAUAUGAGAAAAAUCUAAAUCUCCUGGAGUGGAAA